AUGCCCUCACAGAGGUGCAUCCCACCUGCUGUCUUCGCUUAUAGUCAGUGGGAGCUGCUGAAAUCGCCAAAUCUGGUCACCAGAAUCCCAGAUGCAGUCACUGGGUGCAACUCUGCUAGGAAGUUUCCUGAAUUCUGGGGUAAAGAUUUUCUCUUCCAACCUGCAUCUGUAGCCAUGGAAAAGGUUUUGAUUCAUAAAGCCAACUUCUUACAGGCCAGAGAGCCUCCCCGCGGGAAUCGGAUUCGCAGAGGAGGUGGUGGAACCCGAGCAGGCCCAUUCCCCGCGCCACGGGCUCUUGCAUCUUCGCGGCUAUUGAGAGCCCAGUUCUUUCCCACCAAGUUGGUGUUGGCGACUCGUGAUCUCCUCCCGGCGUCCCCGGGGUCUUCGAACAGCCUGAGCCAGACCGAUUCAUCUUCAGGACCUAAAGUUCUGCAAGGAGCGCCCGCCCCGCUGGAGGAUUUGAAUGGAAAUAACAUCACACGGAUUACCAAAAUGGAUUUUGCCGGCCUUAGACAUCUAAGAGUUCUUCAGCUCAUGGAGAAUAAGAUCAGCACCAUUGAAAGAGGAGCAUUCCAGGAUCUUAAAGAACUGGAGAGACUGCGUUUAAACAGAAAUAACCUUCAGCUGUUUCCUGAGUUGCUGUUUCUUGGGACUUCGAAGCUCUACAGGCUAGACCUCAGUGAAAACCAAAUUCAGGCAAUUCCAAGGAAGGCUUUCCGUGGAGCAGUUGACAUUAAAAAUUUGCAACUGGAUUACAACCAGAUCAGCUGUAUCGAAGAUGGGGCGUUCAGGGCUCUCCGGGACCUGGAAGUGCUCACUCUCAACAAUAACAACAUUACCAGACUUUCUGUGGCGAGUUUCAACCACAUGCCUAAGCUUAGGACUUUUCGACUGCAUUCCAACAACCUGUACUGUGACUGCCACCUGGCCUGGCUGUCGGACUGGCUGCGGCAGAGGCCUCGCGUGGGCCUCUACACUCAGUGCAUGGGCCCCUCCCACCUGAGGGGCCAUAAUGUCGCUGAGGUUCAGAAGCGAGAAUUUGUCUGCAGUGAUGAGGAAGAAGGUCACCAGUCAUUUAUGGCUCCUUCUUGCAGCGUCCUGCACUGUCCAGCCGCUUGCACCUGUAGCAACAAUAUCGUAGACUGCCGUGGGAAAGGUCUCGCGGAGAUCCCCACAAAUCUGCCUGAGACCAUCACAGAAAUACGUCUGGAACAGAACUCAAUCAAGGUCAUCCCUCCUGGAGCUUUCUCACCAUAUAAAAAGCUUAGAAGAAUUGACCUGAGCAAUAAUCAGAUCUCCGAACUAGCACCAGAUGCCUUCCAAGGACUGCGCUCCCUGAAUUCACUUGUUCUCUAUGGAAAUAAAAUCACAGAACUUCCAAAGAGUUUAUUUGAAGGAUUAUUUUCCUUACAGCUACUAUUAUUGAACGCCAACAAGAUAAAUUGCCUGCGGGUAGAUGCUUUCCAGGACCUGCACAACCUGAACCUUCUCUCCUUGUACGACAACAAGCUCCAGACCAUCGCCAAGGGGACCUUCUCACCUCUCCGGGCCAUUCAGACCAUGCAUUUGGCCCAAAACCCCUUUAUUUGUGACUGCCAUCUCAAGUGGCUCGCGGAUUAUCUCCACACCAACCCGAUCGAGACCAGUGGUGCCCGCUGCACCAGCCCCCGGCGUCUGGCAAACAAAAGAAUCGGACAGAUCAAAAGCAAGAAAUUUCGUUGUUCAGCUAAAGAGCAGUAUUUCAUUCCAGGUACAGAAGAUUAUCGAUCAAAAUUAAGUGGGGACUGCUUUGCAGACUUGGCCUGCCCUGAAAAGUGCCGCUGCGAAGGGACCACAGUCGAUUGCUCCAAUCAGAAGCUCGCCAAAAUCCCAGACCACAUUCCCCAGUACACUGCGGAACUGCGUCUAAAUAAUAAUGAAUUCACCGUGUUGGAAGCUACAGGAAUCUUCAAGAAACUUCCUCAGUUACGUAAAAUAAAUUUUAGCAACAAUAAGAUUACAGACAUUGAAGAGGGAGCUUUCGAAGGAGCAUCUGGUGUAAAUGAAAUACUUCUCACUAGUAAUCGUUUGGAAAAUGUGCAGCAUAAGAUGUUCAAGGGAUUGGAAAGCCUCAAAACAUUGUAAGUAUUCUCAUCGCAUUGUGAUUCUUCUACAGGAUUAUACUUCAUGCCUUCAAUGCAGUACUGCAGUGAAGACACAGAUCACAGGGCCUUACGGGCUUACAGAGCUGCAGGUGCCUUAGGACGUUAUGUAAUCAGAAACCUCUUGGCCAAUCCUUUCAACUGUAACUGCUACCUGGCUUGGUUGGGAGAAUGGCUCCGGAAGAAAAGAAUUGUAACGGGCAACCCUCGCUGUCAGAAACCCUACUUCCUCAAAGAGAUCCCCAUCCAGGACGUGGCCAUUCAAGACUUCACCUGCGAUGAUGGAAAUGAUGACAAUAGCUGUUCCCCACUGUCCCGCUGUCCCGGGGAGUGCACCUGCUUGGACACAGUGGUUCGAUGUAGCAACAAGGGCUUAAAGGGUUUGCCCAAAGGAAUCCCAAGAGAUGUCACUGAAUUGUACCUGGAUGGGAAUCAAUUCACAUUGGUUCCUAAGGAACUCUCUAACUACAAACACUUAACACUUAUAGACUUAAGUAACAACCGAAUAAGCACCCUUUCUAACCAGAGCUUCAGCAACAUGACCCAGCUCCUCACCUUGAUUCUCAGUUACAACCGUCUGAGAUGUAUCCCUCCGCGAACCUUCGAUGGAUUGAAGUCUCUUCGAUUACUUUCUUUACAUGGAAAUGACAUUUCUGUUGUGCCUGAAGGUGCUUUCAACGAUCUUUCUGCAUUGUCACACCUAGCAAUUGGAGCCAACCCUCUCUACUGUGACUGUAACAUGCAGUGGUUAUCCGAAUGGGUGAAGUCGGAAUAUAAAGAACCGGGUAUUGCCCGUUGUGCCGGACCUGGAGAAAUGGCGGAUAAACUGUUACUCACAACUCCGUCCAAAAAAUUCACAUGUCAAGGUCCUGUGGAUGUGACUAUUUUAGCUAAAUGUAAUCCUUGCUUAUCGAAUCCAUGCAAAAAUGAUGGCACCUGUAACAAUGAUCCAGUUGACUUUUAUCGCUGUACCUGUCCAUAUGGUUUCAAGGGGCAGGACUGCGAUGUCCCAAUUCAUGCAUGUAUCAGUAACCCAUGUAAACAUGGAGGAACUUGCCACUUAAAAGAAGGUGACAAAGAUGGAUUCUGGUGUAUUUGUGCUGAUGGAUUUGAAGGAGAACACUGUGAAAUCAAUAUCGAUGACUGUGAAGAUAAUGACUGUGAAAAUAAUUCUACUUGCGUUGAUGGGAUUAACAACUACACAUGCCUUUGCCCACCUGAGUACACAGCUGCUAAUCUGAAUGAGGUGGAAAAAGGCGAGUUGUGUGAAGAGAAGCUGGACUUCUGUGCCCAGGACCUGAACCCCUGCCAGCACGACUCCAAAUGCAUCCUGACGCCAAAGGGAGUCACAUGUGACUGCACCCCAGGCUACAUCGGCGAGCACUGUGACUUGGAUUUCGACGACUGCCAGGAUCACAAGUGUAAAAACGGAGCCCACUGCACGGACGCAGUGAACGGCUAUACGUGCAUCUGCCCCGACGGUUACAGUGGCUUGUUCUGUGAAUUUUCUCCGCCCAUGGUCCUCCCUCGAACCAGCCCCUGUGACAAUUUUGAGUGUCAGAAUGGAGCUCAGUGCAUCGUCAGGAUAAAUGAGCCCAUAUGCCAGUGUUUGCCUGGCUACCAGGGGGAGAAGUGUGAGAAGCUGAUUAGUGUGAAUUUUGUAAACAAGGAGUCCUAUCUUCAAAUUCCUUCGGCCAAGGUUCGGCCUCAAACGAACAUCUCACUUCAGAUUGCUACAGAUGAAGACAGUGGGAUCCUCCUGUACAAGGGGGACAAGGACCACAUCGCUGUAGAGCUCUACCGGGGACGCGUGCGCGCCAGCUACGACACCGGCUCUCACCCGGCCUCAGCCAUUUACAGCGUGGAGACGAUCAAUGAUGGAAACUUUCACAUUGUGGAGCUACUUGCCCUGGACCAGAGUCUCUCCCUCUCCGUGGAUGGAGGGAGCCCCAAAAUCAUCACCAACUUGUCAAAGCAGUCCACUCUGAAUUUUGACUCCCCACUCUAUGUAGGAGGCAUGCCCGGGAAAAACAACAACGUGGCUGCCGCCCUGCGCCAGGCCCCUGGGCAGAAUGGCACCAGUUUCCACGGCUGCAUCCGCAACCUCUACAUCAACAGCGAGCUGCAGGACUUCCGCAAGGUGCCCAUGCAAACCGGCAUUCUGCCCGGAUGUGAGCCGUGCCACAAGAAGGUGUGUGCCCACGGCACAUGCCAGGCCAGCAGCCAGUCUGGCUUCUCCUGUGAGUGUGAGGAAGGAUGGACCGGGCCCCUCUGUGACCAGAGGACCAAUGACCCCUGUCUUGGAAAUAAAUGUGUGCAUGGCACCUGCCUGCCCAUCAACGCCUUCUCCUACAGCUGUAAGUGCCUGGAGGGCCACGGGGGCGUCCUGUGUGACGAAGAGGAGGACCUGUUUAACCCCUGCCAGGCCAUCAGGUGUAAGCAUGGGAAAUGCAGGCUGUCGGGCCUGGGGCAGCCCUACUGUGAGUGCAGCAGCGGAUACACCGGCGACAGCUGUGACCGAGAAGUCUCCUGCCAAGGCGAGCGGAUCAGAGAUUAUUACCAGAAACAGCAGGGCUACGCCGCCUGCCAGACAACCAAGAAGGUGUCCCGGCUGGAGUGCAGAGGCGGGUGCGCGGGGGGCCAGUGCUGCGGGCCCCUGCGGAGCAAGCGGCGGAAAUACUCCUUCGAAUGCACGGACGGGUCGUCCUUCGUGGAGGAGGUCGAGAAGGUGGUCAAGUGCGGCUGCAGCAGGUGCGCCUCCUAACCGCCUCCCGGGGCUGCUGUCCUGGCAGAUGCUGUCUCCCGCUUGGCCACGCUGCACUCGCGAGUGCUUCCUAGUGGAAAUAUUUGAAAUAUAUUGUAAGAUACAGAACAGACUUAUUUUUAUUAUGAGAAUAAAGACUUUUUUUUCUGCAUUUGGAAGAAAAAAAAAUAGUAAUGCGUGAACCACAGCUUCCCCGACGCCGGAGACGUGGGAAGGGAGGUCACCCGGAGGCAUUGGAACAGCGAUGGGGACCAAGCACAUACCCAGGGAGCCAGCCGCGAGCCUGAACUUGAACUUGGCCCGCGCACAGGCCCGUGAGCCCGCAUCUGAGUCACUGCGGCCCACGGGGACCAAGCACAUGUGUGAGUGAGGAUGCGAGGCGGAGGGAUGGAGCCCAGGAGUCGCAGAUAGGACACAUGGAUGAGAAAUAUUUUGUGCAAAAUAUAGAGGCCCCAGGAGACCUGGGUCCCACUCGUGCUAACAUGUUAUCGUGUUUUUAUACAGGUCGGCAUGCUAGCACAAGAAGCACACAAAAGUGUUUAUCGACCGUUUUCCAGUAUUAAUUUUUUUUGUAAUAUAAACGAUAAAGGAGAUGAUAAAGAACCAAUAGAUUAUUGAUAAAUAAAUUAGUAAUAUGAUUUUUUUUUGUUUCUAUGAGUUCUAAACAGCCCUAUACAGUAUUCCGUUUUCAUGAGAAAUAUUUAUUGUAUCAAAGUACAUUGUGCUUAACAUGUUAGGCCAUCCUUUUGCUGUUUCUUGAUGCUUUAAUAUAUAUUAAUUUAUAAUUGUCCUGAUAUUUUUGUACAUUUUUUUCAAACUUAAAAAUCAGGAUCUUUUUGGCAAUAGUACUAACAUAGGGUGAUGUCUGGGGGUAAAGAUGUGUUGGUCUGUUGUUUACUUGGACAUCUGACCACUGGUGUCACUGACCUACUGGCCUCACCCAGGACACCCGCAGAGCCUUGUAAAGUCUAUGAGUGAGACAGACCUUGUACACAAAGUGGCCGCUGCAACUGUCCUCACAGAACAGAGAAGGCACGUAGCAAUUGACACUAGGAAGUAGAUCUGUUACAAAUUAAUACGUCCUUGACCCUUUUGGCCCUUUGGGGGAGUGGAGUGGCAAAAGAAAAGGCUGUAAUGACAAGAACUGUGAUUUUUCCCCCCAAAAAAACAAUAAAGCUCCUUUAUGACCCUAAUGUUCCCAUGUUAACAUGUUUGCUGCUAAAUUAUAAUGUAGAAUUGAGAGUGAUUUAUAGUGGACUGUGCUCUUCCCUCCUCAGAAUCCCAGGGUACCCUGUAAAGAUGCAGAUGUUUCUUUCCAAAAGCUCUUUUUACAAAGACAAUUAGAUGUACAUGUAUCAUUCGGAUGUGCUCUGUCUUUCUCCAGACUAAUAUCAGUGACACUACUGAUGUUUGUAAAUUAAACAGAUAUUUACUGCGUUAACAGCUUGGUGAAUUUCUUAGAAAUUGCACAGUGUUUAGAGUCCCAGCCCUAAGAAUCCCUUAGUCGUAGUGAUUCAGUAAGAACAGAGAAGAGAACCUGUAUUUUCUCUUGUCAGAAGUUGGCUUGCAGUUAGCAUAGUGGCAAGUCUGGGGACUUGGGAAUGACCACGUGGAAGAGAGGAGUAGAAGGACACAUUCUAUUCUAGCAGGAAAAGUGCCUAUUCCAUUCAUUUCUCCCCCAAACAGUAUAAGGUGUAACCUAAGUAAAGCACAAAUGGUAUUUUCUAUUUUAUUCUUUUUUCCUCAGUUGGAACCAGAUGGAAAACAAUGAAACCAGGACUCCCUUUCUUCCAGGGCACUCUCAGGAGGAGUUGGUGACGGCAAGGCCCAUCCAGAACAGGGAAAUAGUACCAUCCUAAGAGGCUUUCUUGAUUUUCCUGUAAAAAUAUCAUGAUCACCCACGUACACACACACACACACACACAGUCUCUCACAGACACAAGUUGUUCAAACAUGUAUCCAUUCCUGUUUUAAAUGUCUACAUUUUAAUGAUAGAAAUACAUAGGGAUAGUAAAACAUUUUUUUAAUUUCCAUCAGUUGCUCUUUCCCCGCCCCCAAGAGUUGUGUAUCAUUCAUUAAGCAAAGAGCAUAUAGGAUAAUGAUAUGGUUUAGAUUUGUGUUCAUAGGUAUAGGCUAUCUUAAUAGCUGUUUUUUAUAUGCCAGGCACUAUACCAAGGGCUUUCUCUGAGAUACCUCAUUCAACUCUCACUGCAAACCUAUGUACAGGGUUGUCAUGCUCCCCACUUUACACAGGCAUUAACAGCCCAGAACAGAGAAGCAGAAAUCCUGUGUCCAUGUGCGAGAGAGGCAGUCAGCAGCUCCGUAACUACGACCCUCCACUAAGGUUCUUUUAACCCUUUGAGCCUCAUUUCCAAAGCUCAGUUUUUCUCUCUCUUGAUCAUGGUGAUUUAAGUAAUCUAGAUUAGAGACAUUUGUUUUGUUUUUGUUUUUUAAAGGAAAAACAAGAGAUGUCUUAGUAGUUUCCAAACUGUAUUCUUUCCUCUUUCCUGCUUAUAAAAGCACAAAAUAGAAUUAUGCUUGCCUGAGAUUUGGGCUGAGUUAGCAAGUUUCCUAGGGGAUUGUUUGCCCCAUGAUGGCACUACUUCCUCCACAUGAGCCCUUCUUUGAGAAAAUUCAAUAGUCAAAUAAUUCCCAGCAAAUGAGACAAAUUAAAGGCAAUAGUUCGUGUUAUAAAAGGCUCCUCACUUUGAAAGCCUUGACCAAAAGAUUACUUUAAGAAGGAAACGAACUAUUCUAGAGAAUUCCCGUCAGACUGCAACCGUUAAAAAACAUUUUGCACAUUUCAGAAUCAAAGCUACUGCACGGAAUAAUGUACAUUUGUAAUUUGCAAAGAUGGAGUGAUUAAACAUCUUUAAUGUGUUUACUUUUAAAUUCUCACACUAGUGAGGCCCCAUCAGGAAAUGCCAUGGAUAUUUGACAUGUGUUCAAUUUAAGAUAUGUUUAUUAAAUAACUAUUUCAAUCUUUCA